UGCAAACUCCGCCCGGAGGCCGGUGCAGGUGUACUGGCGCACUGGGGCCGUGGGUACCGACACGAACGCUGGCUGCGACCAGCCACCCCUGGCCCGGGACCCACAGCGCCCCCGGCAAGGGCCGAACGCCUGGUUCUCCGGGGCAGGAAGUGCGGGUCGGAGCCGUAACUGCCCGAGCGGCGGGGCGGAAGAGCGUGCCGGCCGGUACCGGCUCCCAAUUCGGUUCCUGCCUGCCCCGGCCCGCUGGUCUCCCCAUUCUUCAGGCUUCUAGCACUGCGGAGUUAGUGGGCGGUGGGCUCCGCCUCCACCAAGGGGCAGCCCGAGCGCCCCUGUGGUUCCCACACCUCCACUGUUAAUCCCAUCCCAGCGCAGGCGUGAGCGUCCCUCUGGGCGUCUUCCUGGAGGGAUCUCCCUUCGCUCCCGAGACUGCAGGAUGGUGUCCUGGAUGAUCUGUCGCCUGGUGGUGCUGGUGUUUGGGAUGCUGUACCCAACUUAUGCUUCCUACAAGGCUGUGAAGACCAAGAACAUUCGCGAAUAUGUUCGGUGGAUGAUGUACUGGAUCGUCUUUGCACUCUUCAUGGCAGUGGAGACCUUCACAGACAUCUUUAUUUCCUGGUUCCCUUUCUACUACGAGAUCAAGAUGGCAUUUGUGCUGUGGCUGCUUUCGCCCUAUACCAAGGGGGCCAGCCUGCUUUACCGCAAGUUCGUCCACCCCUCCUUGUCUCGCCAUGAGAAGGAGAUCGACACCUACAUCGUGCAGGCCAAGGAGCGCAGCUACGAGACAGUGCUCAGCUUUGGGAAGCGGGGCCUCAACAUUGCCGCCUCGGCUGCUGUGCAGGCAGCCACCAAGAGUCAGGGCGCACUGGCCGGAAGGCUGCGGAGCUUCUCCAUGCAGGACCUGCGCACCAUCUCUGAUGCCCCCGCCCCCACCUACCAGGAUCCCCUCUACCUGGAGGACCAGGUACCCCACCGCAGGCCACCCAUCGGUGAGUGGGCAGAGGAAGCCAGAGCUGUCCCGAGAGGGAUGGCUUCCUCCAGGCAAGCUGUGGCUCCCCCCAGGGCCAGAGGAAAGCCUGGCUCAGCUGGCCCCAGGCCUUCAGACUGUGUCCGUGCCCAGCUUUGCCUCCCGGCCUCCUUCACCUCCACAACAGGGUACCGGGCAGGAGGCCUGCAGGACAGUGACACCGAGGAUGAGUGUUGGUCAGACACAGAAGUGGUCCCCCAGCCAUCAGCGCGGCCCCGAGAGAAGCCUCUGGGCCGCACCCAGAGUCUGCGCGUGGUCAAGAGGAAGCCGCUGGUGCGGGAGGGCACCUCGCGCUCCCUGAAGGUUCGGACAAGGAAAAAGACCACGCCUUCAGACAUGGACAGCUAGGGUCUACGGAGCCUGGCCCGGUCUUACCUCGUGCCCUGCAGGGCACUGGGACUGUUUGGAGGGGACCUCUGGCUGCACAUCUGGCCUGCCUGCACCAGCUGCCUGGGUGCUGCCCUCCUGACUCUUGCUGUCGGUUACGGGCCAUGUGUGGGGCUGCACCCAUGAUGUACCAAAGCAGGCUGGGCUCAGGGUUCUAUUUAUUGUCUUCCUCGCCCCUCUACCUACCCAGGUAUGGAACCAGAGCCCUCCCCAGACCCCUGAAAAACGAAACCCAAAGCCCACCCAGCUGUGUUCGUUCCUUCCUGUCCUUCAAAGUACUUCACAGCCUUCUCCAAGGCCAUGUGUGUGUCCUGGUUGUAUGGUUUGUGUUGGUGCAUGAGGCCAGGUUUGUGGAAGUUUUGAUAAAUAAAUGCGUAAAAGUG